CUUUUAUACACGGGUGCGUGAUUUUCGUUUACCUUUCUUUCUCACUCCCGCUCUAACCAAAGUUCUUGUUAGAUGCAAUGUUGCUACUUACCCUUCAUUUAUUAACAUUAAACCCUAAAAAACUCACCACCGUUCCACCGCCGCAGUCAAUAAUUUCACACUCCUUUUCCCAAUUUCUCGCCCCUCGGAAUUCUCCACCGUUUCUUUCUCGCUCCUCAUUUAUUUACCUUUCCUGUUUUGAUGUUUGAAUCUGCAUUCAAGCUUCCAAACUAACUCUCACGUAAGCUUGAUUUUCCAUCCAAUUUCAGCUCCAGUUAUCUUUUCCAGCUCAAAAAACGGCUGAAUCUUGUUUAGGGAAGUGGAAAUGAUGGAGAGUUUUACUGUUUUGAAUGGUGGUGGUGAAAGGGUUUGUGAAAAUGGUUUUAAGGAGGAAGGUGAUAGUCUUGGUGAUCACAUACUUGAGGAAAUGGAGUCAUUUUUUCUUGAUAUUGAUGAAAGGUUGAUUAUCUCUAGGAUGGUGAGUGACUCUGUCAUAAAGGGUGUGGUUAAUGCUGUUGAGGAGCAGGCAGCUGAGAGAAUUGCUCAGAAAGAAUCGGAGGUGGUUGGGUUGAAGGAAAAGCUAGGUAGUUUGUGUGUUGGUUUGGAUGAAACUAAAAAGAUGUGGUAUUCGGUGCGUUGUAAUGGACCCCGUGAAGAUGUUGCACACCGUUGUUUAGAUGGUUUUAUGGAGAAGAAUGGAGCUAUGAAGCCUGUGGAUAGUCUUAAACUUGAGUUACACGAGCAGUUGAAUCAGCUGAGGAAAGAAAUAAAUAAAAUUAGAGGACCUAGUUCCUUAAGAAGAUUUAGUUCAGGUUCUGAUUUGGUGGGUUUAGGUGGUAUUUUGCAGGAGAAUGUGCCUGGAAGAUGGAUUUAUGUCGAUAAAGCUUUUGAUAGUCUGAAAGAUACUAUGGACUCUUUCUGUAGAAGGAUAGAAACCAUGGAUCGGUUAUCGAAGGCAACAACACAUUCUGAGUGGCAGGAGGAGCAAGAGUUUCAGUUGGAAAUUGAGUGGAUGGUUGUUCGCAAUCGUAUCCAGAGUUUGCAGCAAGAGUUUGAACAAAAACUAUGUGGCGUUUGUGAAUCUGAAAGUAGAAAUAGUUGUAACCAAUUUAAAGAGAUCUCAAGUUUGCGUCAGGAUUUGGAUUCAAUUUUUAGAACACUAGCUGUUUACGAAACUGGAACGCUUAUUUCUCAUGGGUCCUUAGAGCAUACGGAGGAUUGGUGUCAUAAUAAGAGGGCAGAGCAUAUCCACUUGAAGCUUUCAACAGAUCAUUUGCCGGCUUCAACUGUGGAAGAAAACGGGAAGCAUGAGGAUUCAAAGAUUACCAAGCCUGACAAUCUGGAUUCUGCCUCACUAAAGAGCAUGUCUAAAGAUGAUUUGAUUACUUAUAUAACUAAGAUGAGAAGAAACCACGAAUCUCAAGUGCAAGAGAAGACGGAAGAAAACUUUUGUCUUAGGCGGGAACUAUUGAAUUUGAAAGAAAGAGGUUCUUCCUUUUCAUUGAAGAAAGACAAGGACUUUGAUUUGUUGAAGAAAAAAAUCCCCGAUGUUGUCUCAAAGUUGAAUGAAAUCCUUGAUGGAAAUGAGAAAUUGCGUCAAUUCAGUGAAAAUAUUGAAUCUCUUAACAGUUUCAAAGAUAGAUUGGAUUUCUUACAAACUGAGAAUCAUCAACUGAAGGACAUGCUAACCGAUAAGAACAAGGAAGUUAAAAGUCUCUCUUCUCAGCUUUCUGUCGCUAUGGAAAAGUCAUCACAACAACAACUGACUGAGGAAAGUUUGUUACGAACUGUUCAAAAGCUUGAGGAUGAUGUUGGGGAUGCACAUGCUGAAGUUUCAACUAUUCAAGAUGUAUAUAAAUGUCUCCUUGAAGAUAUGGAAAGUAAAUGUAGAUUCAUUACUGAAGACUUGCAUCUCAAGUCUGGUUUCAUGCAAGAAAUAUAUGAAGUAAUAUUGAAAGAUACUGUUGAUAGUGUUCAAGCUUCUAAUGGAUUGAAAAUAGAAGAAGCAAAUAUCAAGUCAGUUAUGAUGCAAGGGCUUCUGGAUAUUAAUCAAAUUAUAUUCAAAGAAGCUUUGGUAGAUGCGGAUGAAGCAUUAAAGCACAAAGCUUCUGAGAACAAAAAACUAAUAUAUGAAAUACAUACAUUGAAAUCAAAAGUGGAAGAAAAGGAGAAUUUAAUAAAAGGGGCAGCGGAUGCUUUGGAACAAGAAAAGCGAAAGAUGGAAUCUGCCUCUGAAGAGCUUGACAAUUUAAGAGCUCAGGCUGAUAGUCAACAAAAAUGGAUUGUGGAGAACAGCAAAGAGUUGGGUGUUACUAAGAGUAACCUGGUUGCAGCAGCAAAGGAAAUUGAAAAAUACAUAAAGCAAAUCUACGAGUUAGAUCAAAAUCUUGAACAAAAAAGGAAUGAACUUGGAGAAAUUGAUAAAGAAAGAAGAGAACUUUGUGCUGUUAUAGAAAAGCAACAAGAUGCAUUGAAAUGUAAUGAGGCAAAAGAAAGGGAAACCACUAAGCAAAUGGAAUCAACAGUUAAUCUUGUCCACAAAUUAUUGACAAUGGUUACUGAUCUAGAAGCUAGUGUAAAUGAAGAUAUUUCAAGAAAUUGUUCGAGGCUUGAAAGCAUGAGUUCUGAGUUCUGUUUCCUCAAGAACAAAGCCAGUGCACUUAAAACCAUGGGAUUGGUGUACAAGCAAAGGUUGGAAACAAAAAGUUCUAAUCUUGCAAAUGCUGAAGCAGAGGUUGAUCUUUUAGGAGACGAGGUAGAUACUCUUCUUAGACUCCUGGAAAGGAUUUACGUUGCACUCGACCAUUAUUCACACAUACUGCAGCAUUACCCUGGGAUUAUGGAGAUUCUGAAGCUUGUAAGAAAAGAAUUGACUGGAGACUCUAGGAAACAUGUUUAACCGUCUCUUCUUGCCAGCUACUCACGGGAGUUACAUGAAGCUGGGAUGUGUUGCUGCCGGUAUUUUCGUUUUCCCUAAAAUAGAUUAUGAAGAAAACAACAACAGAAAAGAAUUAUAAGUUUAUGCAGUUGCUAAUGCACGUUCCUUUCCACCACACACAAAUGCUUUUAUACACUUACUAGGAGACAUGCCUUGUUUGUUUGGCUCUAGCAUACCAUAAAUUUGCUUUCACAGUUUGGUUUUUUUGUUAGCAAUAGCACCUGUAUAUGAUAUUUUUGUGUAAUGAGUUUUUUUGCAUUCA